AUCAUUUCACAUGAUCUGAUUCUGAUCUGAGGCCUAUGGUUUAAUAAAAACGAUUAAACAGUUUCCAACACGUGCUGCUGUAUAAUUACGUGUAUAUAUAUAUAUACAUAUACAGUCUCCGUCGUCUUAGAAAGAAAUAAGAAUGAGUAUCUUCUUUGUCUACUCCGUCGUCACCUUCUUCUUUAUCCUUCUUCUCUCUUCAGCUCGGAGCUAUGAUUACGGGUCGGGUCUCGAGUCACUCGCUCGUGGGAUGCUCGAAUCAGCUAAGGACCCUGAGUUCUUCGAAUGGAUGAGAGGGAUCAGGAGGACGAUUCACGAGAACCCAGAGACUGGGUUCCAGGAGUUCAAAACGAGUCAACUCGUUCGAGACGAGCUCGACUCACUCGGAGUGAAGUAUAAGUGGCCUGUCGCGAAGACUGGCGUCGUGGCUUGGAUCGGAUCCGGUUCCAAACCCGUUUUUGGACUUAGAGCAGACAUGGACGCACUUCCGUUACAGGAAUUAGUGGAAUGGGAAUCGAAGAGUAAAGUAGAUGGAAAGAUGCAUGCUUGUGGUCAUGAUACUCAUGUUGCUAUGCUUCUUGGAGCUGCUAGGCUUCUUCAAACCAGCAAACACCUCAUCAAGGGGACUGUGAAACUUGUGUUUCAACCAGGAGAGGAAGGUUAUGGAGGUGCUUAUGAAAUGCUAAAAGAUGAGAUUCUAGACGACUUAGAUGGGAUUCUCAGCGUUCAUGUCUUUCCAUCUAUCCCAUCCGGUGGCAUUGGCUCUAGGCCUGGGACCGUUCUUGCUGGUGCGGGAUCGUUUACAGUGACGGUUCACGGUCAAGGUAGCCACGCAGCUACACCACACUUCUCUAAAGACCCAGUUCUUGCAGCUUCUUCCGCUGUUGUUGCUUUGCAACAGAUUGUUUCACGGGAAAUGGAUCCACUCGAAGCUGGUGUCGUUACUGUUGGAUACAUUGAAGGAGGUCAUGCAAAAAACGUAAUACCGGAGAGUGCUAAAUUUGGAGGUACUUUCAGAAGCUUAAGCAACGAUGGUCUUCUAUAUAUUCAAAGACGGAUCAAAGAGAUUUCAGAGGCACAAGCAUCAGUAUACAGAUGCAAAGCAGAAGUAAACUUCGAAGAGAAAAAGCCGUCACUUCACCCGGUAAUGAUGAACGACGAAGGCAUAUACGAGCAUGGUAAAAAAGUAGCGGAAGCAAUGAUUGGAAAAAGUAACUUCCAUGAUUUUCCAGUGACAAUGGGAGCAGAGGAUUUCAGCUUCUUCACUCAAAAGACUAAAGCUGCGAUUUUCGUGCUUGGGAUAAAGAAUGAGACGCUAGGUGCUGGUAAGCCGCUUCAUUCGCCUUACUUCUUUGUUGAUGAAGAAGCUCUUCCUCUUGGGGCUGCUCUUCACGCAGCCAUGGCCGUUUCUUAUUUGGAUAAACAUGGUCAUGUCCAUGACGAUGAGGUUAAGAGUGAGUUAUAGAAUGUGUUACGUUCAGCAUUUGGGGUAAUUCGUAGACUUGUAAUAAUAAUCAUGCAAGUUGUAUUGAAAACAUGGAAAUUAGGUGAGGUUAGGUUUCGGGGUUGGGAAGAAUGUUUGUUGUUAGUCUAAACUGAAAUAAUGAAAUUAGCUCGCGGUUUGACCAGCGGGAUAAACCAAUAGACUGAUAUUGUUUACGUGUU